UUUGGUUGCUCUUUUUCUGUCAGCUCAUUGUGAGCUGACUUUAUCUUUGAUCAGGAAACACAUUUUUAUUAAUGACGCUAAGACCUGGAGCGAAGCUCAAAAGUUUUGCCGAGAGAAUUAUGCCGACCUGUCCACCAUAGACAGCAAAGAUGAGCUCAUGAGGUUCCAAAACGAUUUAAAUAGUCAGAAAGCUGGUAGCACAGAAAGCUGGGUCGGACUGAACAAAAACUCUGUUCGCGACAAAUGGGUGUGGAGCGAUGGAAGCACAGAUAUUGCUAUGCCAUGGAUGUCUGGUGAACCAAACUCCCCAUAUACCGCCUUUUGUUGCAAGAGUUUGGGUGGUAAUUUGUACGACUACUUCUGUGAUAAUCACUACCCUUUUUUCUGCUACAAGUGGGUGCCUGAACUGAUCCUGGUCACGGAGAAGAAGAGCUGGGAGGAGGCUUUUGAGCACUGCGUGUCUCAACACUCCGGCUUGGCCUGUCUGCCAACCAGUUUGCAUCUCUUCCAGGCCAGUAACAAGACUGCAGACACGCAAACAGAUGUCGUGUGGACAGGUCUGCGCUUCCUGGCAGGCUCCUGGUUCUGGGUCAGUGGGGAGUCUCUGGGAAAUUCGGUCCAGCUGCCGGCGUGCCCUGCCAGUCCCCUGUACUGUGGAUCUCGAAACCUGACAGCUAAAGAGUGGGAGAGCAGAGACUGUACAGAGAAACUGAACUUUUUGUGUUAUUAAUGAACAGGGUAAGAACAAAAUCAUAUGUCUGUCAGUUGUGUCUGUUUAGUGUAAAACAAAUGUAGCUAUGUUGUUGUUGUUGUUAAUGCAAUGAAUGCAAUUAAAAUGUAUAUUAUCCACAGACACACAUAUAUUACUAGUUAACUUUUAUAUAAUCCACUAGAAUACUAAAAUUGUCAUAAUAAUGUAGUACACAACUAUGUCUAUAAAGUUGUAGUGCUUUAAUGUUUGGGUUAAGCAGUUUGUGUACCUAUAUAUGCUAUGUUUAUAAGUGGUGUUUUUUGGAGGUUUUUUUAAGUAUCAGUGUGAACAUGAAAAGUGCCUGAUGAUGCAUUACUUUGCACUUUGAAACAUAAACUAUACUUUUAGCGAGUUCUGAUGUAAUAGAUUUUCAGUGCUUUUAAAAGCUAUAUUGAUGUGCUUUUCAGCAUGUUGUCUGUAAGUUUAACGUUUAAAACAAAGAUCAAUUGAAGAUCGUUAAACUGUAAUCAAAAAUAUAAUCAAGAAUAAAUCGAAAAACGGAUUAAAUGAAAUAUUUAAAUAAUAAUAGUUUUCCCGCUGACAUACACCUUAUGCACAAGAAACUAAAGUUCAUUUAUUGAUAGCUAAACUCUCCCAUUUUGAUCACUGCAUUACAGUAGUAUCUUUCUGCAGUUUAUAUGAAU